AAUUAUCUUCUUCUUUCUAUAGCUUCUUCUCCGACGCUAAAGCCUAAAUCGAUCGAAUCUCAGACCCAGAUUCCCUCGAUUCAUUCUUUGAUCUCUGCUUAUUCUUCAUCGGAUUCCAGUUUUCCGGCUCUAACCAUGAGCGCAAGCUAUCUACUCCGCAGGUUCUCCACGAAGCCUCCUUCUCGAUUUCACAGAAAUCUCUUGUCUUCCAGUUUCUCCAUGGAUCUUCCUCCCGUAUUAUCCCGAAACGCGUUGAUUCGUCCCUAUUCAAGCACUACAUCGAACCAUCGCACCAUAUUCAACAACAUUCGGAGAUUUAUUUCUCCGUGUUUUCGCCAAUCGAAGAUUUUACCAAAUUGGGUUUCCGAGAAAACGAGAAGUAAUAGCGUCUCGGUAAGAGGAUUCUCCACAUCGGUUGAAACCAUUACCGGUGACAAGAGUUUCGAGAGAAUUCACGUUCAGAGUAGUUUAAAUUCGAAUCCAUUGGUCAUCGAGAGGAUACACAAAGACGAAGAAACCGUAGGCGAACCAGUUUCUAGAGUAGAGGUCAACGAGAUUCGUAGUGGUGAAGUUAGAGAAGAGAGUGAGGCUGAGAAGGAAGCGUGGAGGAUUUUAGAAGACGCCGUUGUUAGGUAUUGUGGCUCGCCGGUAGGGACGGUGGCGGCGAAUGAUCCCGGAGAUAAGUUGCCUUUGAAUUAUGAUCAAGUGUUUAUAAGAGACUUUGUGCCUUCUGCUUUGGCUUUCUUGCUUAAAGGAGAAGGAGAUAUCGUCAGGAACUUUCUUCUUCACACAUUACAGUUGCAGAGCUGGGAGAAAACGGUAGAUUGUUACAGUCCUGGACAGGGCUUGAUGCCUGCAAGUUUCAAAGUCAGGACCGUAGCACUUGAUGAGAACACAGCAGAAGAGGUUCUCGAUCCAGAUUUUGGCGAAUCAGCUAUAGGUCGUGUUGCUCCUGUGGAUUCUGGUUUGUGGUGGAUUAUUCUUUUACGGGCAUAUGGAAAGAUAACCGGAGAUUUCUCAUUACAAGAGAGAAUAGAUGUUCAGACAGGCAUAAAGCUUAUCAUGAACUUGUGUUUAGCAGAUGGAUUUGACAUGUUUCCAACACUUCUGGUCACUGACGGAUCCUGUAUGAUUGAUCGUCGAAUGGGUAUCCAUGGCCAUCCCCUCGAAAUCCAAUCGUUAUUCUACUCAGCACUCAGAUGCUCUCGUGAGAUGCUCUCUGUUAAUGACAGCUCCAAGAAUCUUGUAAGAGCCAUUAACAAUAGAUUAAGUGCUUUGUCCUUUCACAUCAGAGAGUACUACUGGGUGGAUAUAAAAAAGAUCAAUGAGAUAUACCGUUACAAGACAGAAGAGUAUUCCACGGAUGCCACUAACAAGUUCAACAUUUAUCCUGAGCAAAUUCCCCCAUGGCUCAUGGAUUGGAUUCCUGAGCAAGGUGGGUAUCUUCUCGGGAACCUACAACCUGCGCACAUGGAUUUCAGAUUCUUCACGCUCGGGAACUUUUGGUCUGUUGUUUCCUCCUUGAGUACACCAAAGCAGAAUGAAGCUAUAUUGAACUUAAUCGAAGCUAAAUGGGACGACAUUAUUGGGAAUAUGCCUCUUAAGAUUUGCUACCCUGCAUUAGAGUACGAUGAUUGGCGUAUAAUCACUGGAAGCGACCCAAAGAACACACCUUGGUCGUAUCACAACAGUGGAUCCUGGCCUACGCUUCUUUGGCAGUUCACAUUAGCAUGUAUGAAGAUGGGUAGACCAGAGCUAGCUGAGAAAGCUCUUGCAUUGGCUGAGAAGAGACUCAUGGCAGAUCGCUGGCCGGAGUAUUACGACACACGUUCUGGGAAAUUCAUUGGGAAGCAGUCCCGGCUUUACCAGACGUGGACAGUCGCCGGAUUCUUGACUUCUAAACUCCUCUUGGCAAACCCUGAGAUGGCGUCACUGUUAUUCUGGGAAGAAGAUUACGAGCUUCUGGAUAUCUGCGUCUGUGGUCUCAGCAAAAGUGGCCGCAAAAAAUGCUCCCGAAUCGCUGCCAAGACUCAGAUUCUUGUUCGAUGAAGUGCAAAAUAGAGUCUAUUUGCUUCUCUGGACAUCCAACGCCUCAAGCUUUUUAGGCUUAGAUCUCAGAGGAAUUGAAAUUUUUACAGAAACAUGACUGUCACAUGUAAUAUUGAUUAUCUGUUUGUAUAUACAGAUAUAUAUAUAUAUACAUAUAUUACAACAGUUUCACACCGUUGUAGCUUCUU